AUCGCUCCUAACUCACUUCCUUCUCGUCACAGUCCAGUCAUGAAAAAAAACACCAGCUCCAGUGACCCUUCAACGCCUUUCUAUAUCGCUUCUUAUUGGCUCAGGUCAGAUGAAACGAAACGCGAAGCCCAAGUUAACAGACUUUAACAAAUCCAGUUCAGUCUAGUGUGAUUGGCUCGUUGCUGUUGAUGCAAUAAACACUAUCAGGUGUAGUCCUCCAGGAUGAAAAGGGUUAAGGUGGUCGUUGUAGGCGCAGGUGUGAUUGGCUUUUCUACAGCCGUGUGCAUCGCCGAGUCCCUUUCCUUGUGUGCCGUCACUCUGGUGGCUGACCAGUUCAGCCCGGACACAACCAGCGAUGGCGCUGCAGGGAUCAUGUUUGUGUCAAAAUAUCCAGAUAUCGACUUGGAAAGACAGAGACGGUGGUUCAAAGACUCCUUUGAUCACCUGCUGGCGAUUGCUCAGUCCGACCAGGCACCAGAAGCCGGAGUCAUGCUGUCCUCGGGUUGCCAGAUUUUCCGAGAGGUUCCUGCUGAAACGGUGCCCUUCUGGGCGGACUUGGUCCACGGGUUCAGGUUCCUCACUGAGAGCGAGCUGAAGAGGUUUCCGGAGCACUGCUUCGGCCAGGCCUUCACCACCAUCAAGUGUGAAUGUUCGGCCUACCUGCCCUGGCUGGAGAAGCGGUUCCGGAGGGCUGGGGGUAAGGUGCAGCAGAGCCACGUGAACCACCUCCAGGAGCUGGCCGGGACCUACGACCUCAUCGUCAACUGCUCCGGGCUGGGGGCCCGGUCCCUGGUGGGCGACCAGCAGGUCCAUCCGGUCCGGGGCCAGGUGCUGAAGGUCCAGGCGCCCUGGAUCAACCACUUCAUCCGGGACGGGGACGGCCUGACCUACUUCUACCCCGGGGUGCACAGCCUCACGGUGGGGGGCACCCGUCAGGAGGGGGACCGCAGGCUUGAGGCGGACCCCGCCGACUCGGAGGACAUCCUGCGACGCUGCUGCCUCCUAGAGCCCUCGCUCGCCAAGGGCAAGGUGCUGGGCGAGUGGGUGGGCCUGAGGCCCGGCCGCAGGAACCCCCGGGUGGAGCGGGAGGUCCUGGGGACGCAGGGCAGUGCGCGCCGGGUGCACGUGGUCCACAACUACGGCCACGGCGGCGGGGGGGUGACCCUGGCCUGGGGCACGGCGCUGGACGCGCUGGGGCUGGUCAAGCAGAUUGUCAAUGAGACGGGGCCCCCGCAGGCCAGGCUGUGAGCCCCCCUCAGCUGGUCCCCCAGUGGAGAGCCUGCCUGGUGUGGGACCUGUUGCCUGUCCAGAGAACACAGGCCUUGCUCCCAUAUGUGCGUGCUAUAGGGGCCAGGAUAGUGACCUGAGUAGUGAUUUAGCCAGGGGAAAGGUCCUGAGAUCGAUUCCAGACCGAAGCAGUAAGCUGUAGGCAUCCUCGAGGAAGGUGUGACACCCCCCAUCUGGUCUUUGAAGACCUGAAUCUACAAUUCUCUAACGUGGUUGAUUUUGUUAAAGUGAUGUAUGAAGGGGAUUUCAUGCACUAUAUAUAUUUGGCAUUGUAUUAAUACUUUAGGAAACGCACAGAUUAAUAUAUUAAUUAAAAAGAAAAUAAAUAAAGAAGAAAUGUCUGUAUUUCUAAUCUUUUAUUUAAUUGAUGCCUUUUUUUGGCAGUUCUCAUUGUCAAACCCUGUAAUCACAGCUCUUUUUUUCAACAGUAUUAAAUUAAGAAAUGAUGGCCAUACAA